CUUACGUUUUUCAUAUUUUUUAAUGCCGAGAGCCAUAAUACAUUAAUAUGUAAAUUACAAUUGAAAUCAAACAACAAUACACGGGUACAGACUACAGAGCAAACACAUUAUACAUGUAAAAUUAAAUAUUUAAAGUGAAAAAAAGAUUGAAAUAACCUAGAAACUGGAAAGCCCUUAUUUUGGUCUGCCUACGAUCUGCGAAAUUGGGGAAUUGGGGAUUUUGAUCUGCAAUCUGCUCGGUGGCCGGUGCUCCGCUCUCCAUCAGCUUCCUCGCGGCUCGCCGGUCGCCACCGCGGUUCGCCGGUCGCCUCCGCGCCUCGCUUCCGCAAUCGCCAGUCGGCAGUCCGCGCCUCGCUUCCGCAAUCGCCCGAAAACGAAACAGACAUAUGAGGAUUGGGGAUUGAGGACUCGGGAGUUAGGAGGCAAUCAGGAGAACAAAACCUAAGUAUAGGCCCGGUAUAAUUGCAAAUAGAUAUACUACAUAAUAAGCCCCACGGCCCAAAAUCCGGCCCUGCUUCCAGAAAGACUUUUGGGUAAUAAGGAGUAGGACCCUUUCCGUUUCGGGCCGGCAAAGACAAAUAGAAUACGCAACUAUCUGGUACUUAACACUGACUUGGAUCAGUCAUUCACAUUGAACACUAUCAGUUUCACAUUUCGUUGAUCAUGGCGGAGACAGGCGGCGGAGGAGAGUCAACCAAGCCUCAACUCUACUCCUACUGGCGGAGCUCUUGCUCUUGCCGUGUUAGGAUUGCUCUCAAUCUCAAAGGACUGGAUUACGAGUACAAAGCAGUUAACCUGGCCAAAGGCGAACAAUUCAGCCCUGAAUUUUUGAAGCUCAAUCCGAUGGGGUAUGUGCCGGCAUUGGUUGAUGGAGACAUUGUUAUUUCAGACUCUUUUGCUAUUUUGAUGUAUUUGGAAGAAAAGUAUCCGCAGAAUCCCUUGUUGCCGAAGGAUCCUAAGUUAAAGGCUAUAAAUUUUCAGGCUGCGAAUAUUGUUUCUGCAAACAUACAGCCUCUACAAAAUCUAGCUAUUCUUAAAUAUAUUGAAGACAAAGUUGGUCCUGAUGAGAAAGUUCCAUGGUGCCAGACUCAUAUAAAAAAAGGCUUUGCUGCAUUGGAGAAGCUACUGAAAAGUUAUGCUGGAAAGUUUGCCACUGGUGAUGAAAUUUAUCUGGCUGAUCUAUUUCUAGUGCCCCAAAUCCAUGCAGCAAUCAACAGAUUCAAUGUGGAUAUGAAUGAAUAUCCCAUUCUAUCUCGCAUAUACGAGGCGUACAAAGAGGUACCUGCUAUUCAAAAUGCUAUGCCGGAGAAACAGCCUGAUAAACCCACCAGCUGAGGCAAGAGCUUGAGGUGAUUUAUCAAUAUAAACAAAACUUCUGUCUAAUGUUGUAAUGGUUUAUGAUUCUGAUGGAAAGUGGUUUCCUGGAUUAUCUCAAAUUGAUACUAAAUAAUCCUCAAUAAUGAUGCAUUUCUCUUGUUUUUGAAUUUUAUUUACUGUAUUCUGAUAUCAUGUAUACAAGUAAUACAAUGUUACCUUGUCAACAA